AUGGCGUCCACAAAGAAAAAGCUCGUCAUCUUCGACUUUGACGGCACCCUCUUUGACACCCACGCCUCCAUCUCGCACUGCAUCAAGCUCACAUUCGACACCCUCCUCACAUCGCCGCAAGACACCCCCUCAGAGGUUGAAAUCCACCGCCUCAUCUCUUCCGGCGCAGGCCUACAAGACACAUUCCGCACCCUUCAGCCUGUAAACAAUGCAGCUGCGAAAAAGCCUCAAUGGACGGCGGAACUCGAAGAACGCUGGAUUGCCACGUAUCGCGAACUGUACGCCCAGCACGGCCAGCCUCUGAUCAAGCCCUUCCCAUCUGCCGUUGAGCUUCUUCAGCAGCUUCUAGAAUCCGGAGUCGUCAUUUCCAUCGUCAGUAACAAGGGCGUGGCUGCUGUUGUCACCGCUCUGAACGGCAAUGGGCUGGGGGGCGCAGUGGACGAGGAGCUAAUUGUUGGGGACAAGACGCCUGGAGCGACGCGGAAGCCAGACACAGCCAGCUUCACCAAUGUUUUGCUGACGAAGUUGAGAGAUGCAAAGUAUGGUAUUGAAGAGUUUGAGGGCAUUGAAGACGGUCGUGACGUGCUGGUUGUUGGCGACACGGUUGCGGAUAUCCAGUUCGCGGCGAAUAUCGGAGCAAAGUCUGUUUGGUGCCGCUACGGAUAUGGGGAUCGAAACGCUUGUGAGGGCUUGAAGCCUGAUUAUACGGUCGAUUCACUGGCUGAGGUUGCUGGAAUUGCGCUUGGACAUUGA